UUCUACACCAUCCUCAGUCUCCCCUUCACCUCCUCAACAUCAAUCGCCACAAGCCUCUCGAAACAACAGCUCAAAGCCGCCUACCACAAAGCCCUCCUCAAACACCACCCAGACAAAACCCCCAGCGCAACCCCCAACGACCCAGACCUCCCACCCAGCCUCCAAAGACCCUACACGAUCGACGAAAUCACCACGGCCUACAAAACCCUCUCCGACCCGUCCCUCCGCACCGAAUACGACCGAUCGCUGCGUCUCGACCGCGCGCGGGUCGCGGAGCGGGAGAAGACCGGGACGGUGUUUCACACGGGACUGGAGGUUGUGGACUUGGAGGAUUUGGAGUUUGAGGAGGGGGGAGGGGCACAAGCAGAUGGGGAUGGGGAUUAUUGGUACAGGGGGUGUCGGUGUGGGGAUGAGAAGGGGUUUUUGGUCACGGAAGAGGAUCUAGAGAGGGAGGCGGAGCAUGGGGAGGUGGUUGUGGGUUGUAGGGGGUGUAGUUUGUGGAUGAAGGUGUUGUUUGCUGUUGAGGAGGAG